AUGAGUAACUUGGAUAGUUGUGAAACACCCCCGGUACGGGUUCCAGAUAUGGAAAGGAUACGCAACGCACGUCGAAAACGGCAGCAGCAGCUCAAAAGAUGGGCUCAGUACGACAGAUCUAUGGAGAAAAAAGAAAGAAAGAGCCGUACCUCUGUCUCACCUCCUCCAGGAUCCAAUCCUGGUGGGCGCAGCCAUCCCGGCCUUCUGCGGGCUGUCCAAUUCUCACAAGCUGUCAUUCUUCUUGAAGCUGCUGCUCGGGAUGAUUUAGACGAAGAACUUCGUGAUUCUAGAUAG